AUGGGUGGAAAGAAAUUCGGUACAAACUCAAAGUCGGAGGAAGCAAGAGCAAAGAAAGCAGAGGUAAAGAGAAAUGAAAAUGAAAAAAAGGUAAAGGCAAAGGAAGAUGCAGAGUGGGCAGAGACCGAUUCAAAGGUGAUUGCAAAGGAAAAAAAGAGACAAGAGGAAGCAGAGAGAAAAGCACAGGAAGCAAAGAGAAAGUUGGAGAACAAGAAAGCAUUGGAGGCGGAAGAACAAGAUCUCAAGCAAAAGUACGGUAAAGGCAAAGACACUGCUAAGCUAACACGUUUCGAAAUCGAGCAACAAAAGGAACGUGACCAGAAGGAACGUGAAAGACAAAGAGCUGCACUUAAUACAUCGGCUGGUGGAUCAACUACAACUACAACUACUACAACAUCAACAACAAGUAGUGGCAGAGGUGGUGACGAUGACGAUGAAGAUACAUUCGAUCUUCAAGAGAAUAUCAAUCAUGUGUUGAGAGAGCAGAGAAUGAAGGAAGGAGGUGACUAUCACGAGGCAAGAGAGGUGCAUGACGCCAUCAAGAUGUUGUCCACUACCACCAAUUCCGAGGAGCAUCCAGAGCGUAGAAUGAAGGCAGCCUACCAGGCAUACGAAGAGCAGAACCUACCACAACUGAGAAAAGAGAAUCCAUCGUUGAGAUUCACACAAGUCAAACAGCUGUUGUGGAAUCAAUGGUUGAAGGCACCCGAGAAUCCAUUCAACCAAGUUCAACAGAAAUAA